GCGGAGUCGCGGGGCUGUCGCCAUAGGCGGAGAAUGCUCGGGUGGUGGCGCUUCGCUUCUCAGUGGAAGUGCUAAAAUGGAGGCGUCGCUGGGGCAGCUGCUCUUGCCGCUGUUGGUGGUGCUGACGGGAACUCAUUUAGCGCUGGGCUGGGAGCAGCAGGAGAGAAUCCUAUUACGGGAAGUCCAAGCCCUGACACUCUACCAGGGCAGAUACACAAAUUAUCGGAGGACAUCUCCAGUGCCCCAGUUGCAGUGUACCGGAGGCUCAGCUGGAUGCACGGCAUCUACCCCUGAGGUUGUUCAGUGUUACAACAAAGGCUGGGAUGGCUAUGAUGUGCAGUGGGAGUGUAAAGCACAUUUGGAUACUUCAUACCGCUUUGGAAAAAUUGAAGUAACCUGUGAAGGCUACGAUUACCCAGAUGACCCUUUCAUUUUAAAAGGAUCAUGUGGCUUGGAGUACACAUUAGAGUUAACUAAGGAAGGGCAGCAAAAAGCUAGCACCUUUGCUGGGACCUACUAUUCUACAACUUCUCAUGAUUCAUUUGGUUCAGGCUUUGGAGUGAUCCUGAUAAUAGUAUUUGUUGUCUUUGUUUUUGGCAUCUAUAAGCUAUUCCUCUGUGAUAACCGACAACAUAAUUUCCCUAAUGAUGAUGUACAUUCAGGAGCUUAUGGGCAAAGUUAUCAAAGCCCACCUCCGCCAGGAUUUAAAACAAAUAGUCGAGAUUAUCAAGUACCACCUCCACCAGGAUUGAAAUCAAAUUUCACAGGAGCUGCUGGUGGGUCCAACUAUGAUUCCAAUUCAGGGCCAGGUUUCUGGACUGGAUUAGGUGCUGGGGGACUUCUUGGAUACUUGAUUGGCAAUCGAAGGUCACCUUCACAUCAUAGGUAUUCUCCUUAUUACAGCACAUGGGCUGGUCCAGCUGCUCCACCUCCAUUUGCCGAUUCAUUUGGCACUUCAAAUAGCUGUAAAACAUCUUAUAGUUCAGAAACAAGACCCACCUCUGGUUUUGGAGGCACAAAAAGGAGAUGAAGCUUGGCUCCCACCCCACCUAAGCAAGUGAAUAAAAGCAACAUUUCAGCAAUUCUGAAAUGUGUCUUAAGCCUGUUUGCUAGAGUUAUAAAACUCUGAUUUGGAUUCAGCUGUA